GACUGAAAACAUUCAAAUGUCAUUGUAAAACAGAAACAACAACAAACUGAUUCCCCGGUGUAUUUUGUUCAUAUAAAACAUGGAUUUUGUUCGUCGAAUUCGUAAAAAUAAAUGUGAAAGUAUCAUAGUCGAGUCACUAGAGCAAUUGUAUCAAUUUAAUGUGAAAUUUUAUUACCAUCCCCCGGCAAAUGAUAUUGAUUUACGGCUGCUAGAGGACACCGUCAUUGAACGGUUGAAGGUGUUACAUAUUUUGGAGCAAACGAGUGGAAAAAAUGUCAAUUAUGAUUCGUGUGCCGGGUGGAAAGAACAAGUUUUAACUGAGCUAAGGUCCCAGAAACUGUUUAAUUAUGUGGUGCUUAUUGAACCGAGUAUGGUGGACAACAUUGAGACACUGUUGCUAGCUAGAGAAAGGGACUACAUAUCACAUUUUAUGUUACGGUUCUAUUUCUGUGAAUCGGAAGUGUUGAGACAAUGGUUUGUUGAUCGUGAAACCGAACUUUUUCGUCUUAAAUUUGACUCACUGUCAGUGGAAGAAGAACAAAAUUUCUUAAGAGCCAACAAUCUCCGCUAUGUCCCACAAAGUUAUCCAGAAAUCUGGGGAAAUCAAGAGCACAAAAGUGAUCCAUCCAAUGGAUUGGACGAUUUGCAGUUCUUCAAAAUCAAAUUCACCGGCGUGCUUCAAUUAGUAUCGGCGCGUAAAUGCAUUCUGAAGAAUGGAUUCGCCUAUGUGACCGAUUUGUGUCCUAUAAUCGAAACAAUCCACCGAACGUACAUAGAUCAAGGACUUCUGGCCACGAACCGUAUGAUGAACGUGAUCAGAGAAGAUGUUCGCAUCGUCGAUUUGUUGAAAAUCAUUCAUAGCUCACGACCCGGACAUGGAUUUGAAUUGAACGACGAGCCAUGCAAUUUCAUGGAAUCGGUGGAUGAUUUGUCAACGCAAUAUUUUCCGUUGUGUGCGAGGAUGUGCCACGAAACGCUUAGAGAGCGACAUCAUUUGAAAUACUUUGGUCGCAACCAGUACCAGCUAUUUCUCAAGGGAAUUGGCGUUUCGUUGGAGGAUUCUUUGAAAUUUUGGAUCGAAGAAUUCACUCACAACAACAAGGACAAACCGUUGGCUUCAAAGUAUCGAUACCAAAUCGAAUUCAAUUACGGCACAAGAGGUUCAAGGAUCGACAUUCCACCACCUUCCUGCACUGAUCUGAUUAGUAUGAAUUUUCCCAGCUUCCAACAGUGCUACGGCUGUCCGUACAAGUUCUUAGAAUCAACUGAUUUGAAAGCAACACUAACCGCCCACGGACUGAAUGGUAUUCAAGUUGACGAAGUGCUAAGCUAUUCCGACAAACACGAUUAUCAGUUGGCCUGUACAAAAUACUUUGAAUGUGUGAACGAUUACAAAGCGAGCGAAGUUAUCAACAGUCCGAAUCGGUAUUUUGAUUUGUGUCAAAUGAUCAAACGGAUUAGGAGCAAACAUACGCUGGACGCGGCUAAGGAUCAUUCGUUAAGCGACCUAUUGUAUGACAAACAUCUGUGGGAAGCGCUUUCGCCGACCAAAGAUCAUCCCAAAAGUCCGGCCAUAAUUGUUGACAACGUUGAACCGAUGACUCAAACCGAUUUUAACUAUUAAAAUGUGUGAUGUAGACUGUACCAAAAUGGGAACGAUUUUUUCACUGUGUGAUUUGUAAUAAAAGCGAACGCUCAGUUU